AUGAACGCCAGCCUCGAAACUAGGACACUCCACCCAAUCACAGGGGUCCCCCACCAUACCUUACCGGGACUGUUUACAACGCUGAAACGACAUAACAACCCAAGCAUCACCCUCCUCACACCAAACUAUGGACACCUUCACCGGGCCUCCCGCUCCUUCCUCCUUGUUCAACGGAGGACCGAGAUCCACGGGGAGACACCCAGCAGCGAUCACAUCUAA